AUGUAUCAAGUCCCUGUUGGAAACUUGGAAAACAUCAGAAAAACAAGGAGAAAAGUGAAACACAUUUUGAGUGACUUUGGACUGGAGAAUUGUGAAGUCCUUCUGGAAGUAUGUUUUUGUUGUGCAGUUUUUAUGUUUAGAACUAUCAGAUCAGUGUAGCAAAUAUUGUUUGGCGGCUAGAUGAAUGCCUAAUUAUUGCCAUUUUACCCAUUGUUUAGAUUCAUGGAUUGUACUUUUCCCAUAACUUUUAAAGACUCUGUGUCCCAUAUGGCACCCUGUUCCCUAUGGGCUUUAGUGUACUAUAAAGGGAAUAAGGUGCCAUUUGGGAUGCGCAACAGUGAAUGAUCAGAGAUAAUUGAUCAGUGUUGUUCUCUUCCUGAUACUUAACUGUAUGUUGUGUCACCAUCUUCCAGGAGCUGCAGAAGGAGAAGGAGAAGAACUCUGAUGAAGAUUCUGAUUCUGAUGAGGCGUUCCAGGAGACCGAGUGGGUGGACCUCAGUGAGCCCUUUCUAGGCAAGAGGAAGAAAAAGGUAAAAUAGCACCUGGAAAGAUGAGCUAGUCUGAUAGGGAUGUCAACAAACCAAGCAAGUGUUUAAAUUGAAACAGAAUAGUUUAUAGUUCAACUGAUUGAUUAAAUGUGCCAAUAUUUCUGGGGUCUGUGGAAAUGCAUAGCCACUGACGUCGAAUAUAUAUAUAAUGCUAUUUUAUUUUUAUUUUUCAUCAGUUGAUUCAGAUCUUACUUAAUCUGCAUAUGAAAUGGACCCCUAUUCCCCAAAUUCCCACCCUAUCCCCAUAUGGCUCUGGUCAAAGGUGGUGCACUAUGUAGGGACACACCCUUUCUGACAAAAAAAACCCAACAUUUAUUCCUUAAAGUGAAGUGACCGGUCAAUUUAAAAUGGUCUUCUUUUGCUAAUCACUCUUGUUAUCUGUGCGUUUCCUUCCCCAGUGGCCGUACCGCACGCGGCUGUUGUGCUGCACCCUCUGUAAGUACUCCACCCGGAACUGGUACUCCUACAAGAGUCAUCUACAGCGGAGCCAUGAGUAUGAGAGGAAACUGUGUGCUCUGGCUCCCUGCCAGAUCUGCCCCUUCGUCGCCCACCCCCGAGUCCUCAAGAAGCACCUCCUCCUCUUCCAUGGCUCUCCGAACGUGGACCAAGAUGCAGCGUCUCUGCAUUCAACUACCAAGAAAGGGGACCGAUUUAAGUGUCGUAAAUGCCGAUAUGUGGACUCAAACCUGUUCUCAAUGAAGAAGCACGUCCUGCUGAACCACCUGGAGAAGCUGUGGCACCACUUUUCAGGACGGAUACCAGACACUAAGUUCCCCCAUUCAGCCUCCAAGCAGUUCUGUAAGGUGUGCAAAAUGGCCAUCGAAAGCACAGAGCACAUGCUGCACCACAUCCUGGCCUCUCCCACUCACCAGUGGGCCUGCGCUCAGAUAAGGACCUGGAUCUUAGAGAACACUCAGUAUGUCAAGCCUUCAAAUUACCAAACACUGGCCCCUAAAAACCAGCUGCCAAAGUUGUCCAGUCCUGAGCAGCUGGCAGGGCCCAACCAGAGCUUCCUCCCCCCUCAGGCUUCAACCCUGGUUCAGCUGGCCAGUGCCGAGGCUAAGGGCCUUCUCCAGCCUGGUGCUACUGUCAACCUGCAGAGUGCUAUGCCACAGGGGGCCAUCUCAGCCACCAUGCCCAUCGGCCAGACCAUGGUCAGACUGCCCUCUGGCACCUCACUACCUGGUGCUCCUCACAACCAGGUGCCUUUCACCAUAGGGGUCCAAGGUCAGCAGCAGGCCCAGCAGGUCUUCCUGCCCCCAAGGGUGCAGAUCAGCAUUCCAGGGAUGUCCCAGUCCCUCAUGAUGACUCAGCGCCUCCCACUGAACCAUGGGACCCCCCAGGGUACCAUGCUCCAGAGCACCCCUCAGGGUACCAUGCUGACCUCCCAGUCCCUCCUCAGCCACCUCAUCCCCACAGGCAACAAGGUCAACGGCAUGCCCACCUACACUUUCGCCACGCCGGUGGGAAUGCCCGGCCAGACGAGUAACGUCCAGCUGAUCAGCAAGGCUCCUCAACCCAUCAAACCAGCAGGUAAUCCCGCUCUCAACGCCAAAGCCAAGAAGUGGAUCACCUGUCCCAUCUGUAAUGAACUGCUCCCCUCCAAUGUCUAUGAGGCUCACCAACAGGCUGCCCACAAGGCCCAGCCCAGAACAGCCAAGCAGCAGGGCCUUGCCGCCCGCGCUCCCUUCCUCAGGAAGAUGCCUGACAAGACAGUCAAGUGUUUGAAGUGUAAGAUCCUCCUGUCUGAGAAGGGCCUCUUUGAACACCUGCUGCACGGGCUCAACUGUCUCUACUGUCCUGGGAUGUUCUACUCCAUCCAACAACUGGUUGAACACACAAAUACACAACACAACCCCACACAGAAGGCCAACUGUGACUUCAUGAGGCGGGAGUAUAGACUCUACACAGAUGACAGUGGUAACCUUCUGUUCCCCUACUUUGACAUCAACACCACGGCCCCCAAAGAGAUCCUGGGAGACGGAGAGCUGAAACUGGCUCUGGUCACCAACUCCCUGGACCUGAUCUUCCUCAAGAUGCAGCCUGGUGGUAAACAGGAAGUGUGUCGGAACCCCAGUAAAACGACGCGGACCGACUGCCCCUUCUGUGAAGAGAAGUGUGUCACAGUGGAGAACUACCAGGCCCAUCUGAGUGAGAAGCACUGCAUCGCGCCCACCGUCCACGCCAUCCUCAAGACCGCAGCGUUCAAAUGCAUCUACUGUAACGGCGUUUACACAGGCAAGACCACGCAGAGAGCUAUAGUCAUCCAUCUACAACGCUGCCGCCGUGCACCCAAGACCCCUAAAGACGCAGACAGACUCCAGUCCGCCCCCACCAAUGGACGCCAGCAGCAGGUCAUGGCCUUUAACCAGAUGAUCCAGGUGCCAGGUCUGUACUCUGCCCAGCUCCCUCCCGUCCCCAUGGCAGCAGCGCUGGCCUCCGUCCCCGUCCCCCAGCCCUCUGAGUCUCCUGCUGAGCUGCAGAGCAAACUGAGGCUGGAGGCGGCCUUCAGGGAGGCCAUGGAGGCCAACAAGAAAGCGAGGGAUGCCCGGGCAGCCUUCCGUAAGCAACGAGAGAAGGAGAAACGAGAGCAGGCACCCCUAACAGACCCCUCUAUUCAGCUAGCACUGGACCCCAGUGGGAUGGAGAAACGCCCCUCUGAGGAGCGUAAAGACUUCCUCACUAGAUACUUUCACACCAAGCCAUAUCCCACAAAGAAGGAGUCUGAGGAGCUCUCCAAGAGACUGUGGCUGACCCGGACUGAGGUGUCCACCCUGUUUGGGAUGAAGCGCACCAAGUGCAUGAAGGCGAUCCAGAGGAACAGCCCUACCAUCAUCAUGGGCUUCAACAUGACCGAGCUGAAGAAACUUAAGCACGACCUCCUCAUCCCAGAGGUGGAACCUGCAGAACCUGAGAAGAUGGCUGACCAUGAAGUGGAACCCGAAGAACCAGAACAGACAGAUUCUCCAGGAAGGGAACCAGCAGAACCAGAAAUUUCUGUUCCAGAAGAAGAUCCCUUAGAACCACAUCAGAUGGAUGUUCCAGAGAUGCAUCCUUUAGAACCAGAGCCGAUGGCUGUCUGA